CCAUGUGAGGGCUUGUCUUGUGACACAGUUGAAUGAUUUCCUCAAUGUGUGUCCUAUCCACAUAAACGCCUGAUCAUGUAUUCCUACUGAUCUCUCUAAUACAGAAAUCUAGAUCUGAUCAACUUUAAAUAUUAUAACCAAUCAAUAAAAUUAACCAAUAUCUCUUUUCGAAAAAUAUAUAUAUUCAAUUCAUUGAUAAUCUAUACAUAAAUUACAUUAAACGGUGUGAAAAAUCGAAUAUUCUGAUUAGUACAAUCCAUAGAACCUUUAUUACUCCUAUAAGUGUUAACAUAACUUACCAUUUGUCAGUAUAUAUUGGCUAAUCCGUUUUUUUUUCUUUUUUUCUUUUUAAUACAUUUUAUACUAUUCAUUACAAUUAGUAUUUAGAAUGAAUGUAGUUGGUAUAUUGUUAAUGGUAAUAUUACUUGGAUUUAAUUGUCAAUCACAAGAUACGCCAUGUUCAUGUUCAGCUGGUUGUCCCAAUUGCCGAAAUUGUAAAGGAUGUCCUGGUUGCCCGAUAUUUCCGGAUCCUUUUCCUGGAAUAACAACAUGUCUAUAUAAAAUUUAAUUGUUACUCUAUUUCAGAUUGUAACAACUUUAAUAUAUAGUAAAUAAUUUUAACAUAAAUACACUCAUUUCUCAUUAUUUAUGAUUUCAUUUUAAAAAUUAAAUUUGUAAAAUACUCUUGUGGUGUGGUCUACUUAUAUCUA